AUGUCAGCGCUUUCCCCAUCGGACUACCCAGCAUACGCUGCAAAUAUCUCCAACAAGAAACAGGCCCCUCUUGGCUGGGGGCAGCGACCAGCCUUGUUAAUUCUCGACGUUACCAAGGUGUACUUUUCGGAAUUGUCACCAACAAGUUUAUUAUCUUCAAGCUGCGGGACGGGUGCUUCUGUGCCCCCCAAUGUUUCGCGAUUAAUCGACGCCGCGCGUGCUGGUGGAUGUCCUGUGAUAUGGGCACGCACAGUGUUCACAAAUAGCAAGCUCCGUGAUGCGGGCAUAUGGACUCAGAAAGUGCCCGGGCAACUACUGGAAGUGUUCAGCAACAAGAAUGCGGAGGGGCUGCAUGAAUUUCUUGACGGAAUGACACCUUCUGCAGAAAGCCACAGCGAUUCAAAAAGCACAGUAGCAGAUUUGGUGAUUGACAAGAAAUUCGUGAGCGCGUUCUUUGGUACGAACUUGGCCGGGCAGUUAGCUAUGAUCGGUGCCGAUACGGUUGUGUUGUGCGGUGCGAAGACUGGAGGAGAGAUACGACAGAGUAUAUUAGAUGCCCAAGGCUUGGGGUUUCGAGGAAUAGUCGCUGCUGACGCGUGCGCGGACACAUGCAAGGAAACCCAUUUUGCAAACCUGUUCGAUAUACAUGCUAAGAUGGGCGAUGUUCUCACCACAGAUAUGGCGAUUGAAGGUUUGAGCAAGGGCUGGGUAUGGAAUACGUUAGAGAAAUAA